AUGCUCGCGUAUAGCGGUAGCAAUAUGCUUUGCAUCAAGACGGGCAACUUCCCUCCGCACAUGCAGAAGCUGCAAGGCUUCGUGGUGGGCUUUAAGGGCUCAAAGAUCUUUUGCUUGCAUUACAUCUCGAUGCAAACCAUUGAUGUGCCCCAGAGCGCAUCGUUGUACAGAUACAUGGAGAAGAAGGACUUUGAGACCGCCUACCGCGUGGCCUGCUUGGGUGUCACCGAGGCGGAUUGGAGGCUCUUGGCCUUGGAUGCGCUGCAAAGCCUUCGCUUCGACAUUGCCCGGAAGGCCUUCAUCCGUAUCCGCGAUGUGAGGUAUAUUGACUUGCUGAAUCGCAUCACUCAGCAGUACGGGCAGAAGUCCAGCUUGACACAUGAUGAGGAAAUGCUCAUCACUGCUCAGGUUCUGGCCUUCCAGGGGAAGUACGCCGAAGCGGCCCAGCACUAUGGCCGCGCACGAGCCUUCCACGCGGCGGUGGAGAUGUGCGCCGCGCACAGUGCAAGUUGGGAGGACCAUGUCCUGGUUGGAACUGGUGAAGUGGAAGGAUGGAAGAGAUAA